AAUGAUAUUUUUCAUAUUUCUCACUACAAUGAAUUUUAUAAUAUUGUUUAUAUAUUUCUCUUUACAGUUCGACCUGAAGGGUAUGGAACAUGAGGGGGCCUAUGUACAGAAACAGCAACUACAUGCGGCCCAGGCCAACUCCCAGCUUGAACAUAAGUGCAAGCUGGACAUCGACUCCGAACCCAAUACAAUCCGUAUGACGGGAAUUAUUUGUACCAUAGGUCCAGCAUGUCGUGAAGUGAAGAUGUUACAGAAAAUGAUCAUCGAGGGAAUGAAUAUUGCCCGUCUUAAUUUCUCACACGGAACUCAUGAGUACCAUCAAGGCACUAUUAAGAAUGUCCGGGAGGCCGUGUCGCAAUUUAGUCAUCCGCGACCAGUAGCGAUCGCUCUGGAUACAAAGGGUCCAGAGAUCCGGACAGGAUUAAACGCAGGGGGUGCUAGUGCGGAAUUAAAACUGGAGACUGGUAAAAAGAUAAAGGUUACGAUUAAUGACGAAUAUUAUGAUAAGGGGACGGAGGAAUGUAUAUGGGUAGAUUAUAAAAACAUUGUCAAGAUAAUGAAAGUAAAUGAUAGAAUGUUCAUCGAUGAUGGACUUAUCUCGGUCAUCGUUAGAGAAGUCGGGGAAGAUUAUAUGAUGUGUGAGAUUGAGAACGGUGGAGAACUUGGAAGUAAGAAGGGCUGUAACUUACCUGGAAUCUCUGUGGACUUGCCCGCUGUAUCUGAGAAAGACAUAGAAGAUCUCAAGUUUGGGGUAGAACAGGGUGUUGACAUGGUGUUUGCUUCGUUUAUUCGAUCAGCAGACGGUGUGCGACAAAUUCGACAAAUUCUAGGCGAGAAAGGAAGACAUAUAAAAAUUAUUUCUAAAAUAGAAAAUCAUGAGGGUGUUAAAAAAUUUGAUGAAAUUCUUGCAGUAACAGAUGGUGUAAUGGUUGCCCGUGGUGAUUUAGGUAUUGAAAUUCCCCCAGAGAAAGUUUUCCUCGCCCAGAAAAUGAUGAUUGGUAGAUGUAACAGAGCUGGCAAGAGUGUAAUCUGUGCUACACAGAUGUUGGAAAGUAUGGUGAAGAAACCACGGCCAACAAGAGCUGAGACGAGUGAUGUGGCCAACGCCGUUCUAGACGGAGCUGACUGUGUUAUGUUAUCCGGUGAAACAGCAAAGGGAGAUUAUCCAUUGGAGGCUUUGAAAAUCAUGCACAAUAUCUGUCGUGAAGCAGAGUCCGCUAUAUUCCAUCACCAACUGUUUGAGGAGUUAAGACGUGAAACCCCGACCCCCACAGAUCCCCCACAUACCGUUGCCGUGGCGGCCGUAGAAGCUUCCUUCAAAAGCAUGGCAUCAGCUAUUAUUGUUAUAACAACAACUGGAAGAUCUGCAUUUUUAAUCUCAGCGUACCGACCACGUUGUCCUGUCCUUGCCAUUACGAGAAACUCACAAACUGCGAGACAAGGACACAUGUACCGUGGCGUCUUUCCUAUUCAUUAUGUUGAUGGCAUACUUAAUGAAUGGACUGUUGAUGUAGACAGAAGAAUCUAUAAGGGAAUACAGGUGGGCAUGGACAGAGGCUUCAUCAAACCUCAUGACCCUGUUGUAGUUGUUUCAGGCUGGAAGCCAGGCUCUGGUUCUACAAACACAAUGAGAGUGAUCUAUGCCGUAGACCCACGUGGCUCCUCGCUGCUGGCACCUAUUACAGGAAUUACUAGUGUCCCAAGCUUUAACAAGAUGGAAGGUGAUGCCCAGUCAGAUUUCGAGGGUAUGAGCGUGCCCAGUAUAACCAGUGGUAGCGGGGAUGACAUCAAGUUUUUCUAAAAAUAGAACAUUUUAAAACAGAUAUCUUUAGUCUAUCUCAAUGGAACACUAUUGUAACUUUACUUAUAUUGGAUGAAGGUAUGAUAGUUUUGCGUUGAAGUGUGACAAUUAGUCUCAAAGCUUAAAUACUUGAAAGACUGGUGUAAGCGUUUGAUUUGGAGUCGUUUAAGAAGCGAUAAUUUUAUAGGAAGAAAUUUAGUGGUGUUUAGCCUACCCCCAAACUGCUUUGUGAUGUACAACCUUCUUUAAAAAUUUUUUAGUAGUAUCAUACCUGCUGGAUUUGUUACAUGAAUAUUUUGUAUAAAAUAAUCAAAAAAAUUGAUGCACUGAUGCGAUAGUGUUGAAAUGAUAUUUUUUAUUAUUAAAAAAGUUGUUUUUUUGACGAAGACAACUGAAUAUGUACUCAUUUAAGCUCGAUUUAUGAGCUUUAAUUGUGAUGUGCAAAAUUGUCUAUGUGCAUUUUAAUGUCACAGGGCUUACUUGAUGUAAAAAUUUUGUUCCUCAAAUGAAAAACGAAAGUUUGUACAUGUACAUGUAUAUAUUCUAUUAGAAGUUGUCUGCUUUUGUCCAAAGUAGAAAGGUGGCAGCUAAGAAAGAGUUCAUGAAAAACAGAAACGCAGACGACGCAUUCUUUGCACCUUUUUUUGCUUUAUUUGAUCGAAACUAAAGAAAAUUGGGUGUAAUCUGGGACAUAGUAUGCCCCAGGUGUAAUGCUGUGUACGGUAGUUUUUGUAAUUCUGCUAUCUGCUUUUAAAUAUAAGUGAAAAUUGUACAUCAUGCAGCUUAAAUUUUAGUAUGAAUGAACAAUAUUUUUAAUAUACACUUGUUGUAAAAAUAUUUUAAUGUUUUUGGCACUUCUUUAGAUAAUCAUGUCUCUUUUUUAUUGCACGCACAUGUUAAUGACACUCGUAAUUAAAUCAGGGUUUUGAUUUAGUAUUUAAAAGUAAUGACGUCUGUUUUGAUAUUUACCCGGUUUAAACUUGCAGAUACUUUGAAAAUUGAGCAGUUGUCUAGAAUUUGCAUCGUAAUUUAGGUUCCGAAAUAAAUUUGAAGUUGUACUUCUUUUAUCAUAUUUACAGUGGCCAAUAAAAUUAUCAAAUAUUGGUGCUACGAAAACUGAAAAAUAAUUUAUUUUUUUGUUUCCCCUUUUAAGUUUAUGCGACUCCCUUAUUAAGACAGCAUUACUUUUUAAUUACCAAAAAUUAUUUUAUCUUUCUGAACAAAUUUUGAUGAUUUUUCUUAUAACGACAAAAGUCAAGUUUUUGUAUAUUUGUAUUUGGAUAAUAGAUUCUGAUGUUUUUGUUGUUGUUUUGUUACUUUGCAGACAUGUACGUUUCAAUGAUCAUGUUAUUUCAUGUUUUUAAUUAAUUGUUUUGACUUUAAGUUAUUUUUUAUAAAUAAAGAUACAUUUGUUUUAAUUAUAGAAACAAAAGUUAUUUUAUUCUCUGUAAUAUAUGCAACUUCUUACAAUUACUUACGCAUAUUUUUUAUUAUACGUUAGAAGCAUAUAAAGUGCAUAUUCUUGUGUAUGUUGGUAUAAUUACAAUUACACAUAACUUUCACUACACAUUGGUACCUUAUAUAAAACACAUAUUCUUGUGUCUGUUGUUAUAUCAACUUUUACUCGGUUAAAAAUAUGUUUAAAUUAAUAAGACUUUAAAAACAACCUCAAAAUUUUAGAGAAAAUAUACAUGAUAUAUGUGUAGUGAAAGAAAAUUGUCUGGUAAAAAAAGAUCGAAAAUUUCCUGAAAUAUGUGGAAUUAUUGAACAUAUAUAUAUUAAUUUUGACUUGUGUAAUUUUUUACUGACUUUAUAAAUAUAAAAUUUGCAACCUCUAUCAUAAUAUGAUCUUAAAAUGCUAUUGAAUUUGCCUAUUUUUAUGUCCUUUUAUGUUAAUUGUAGUAAUUUUAAGUUGUUAAAAAGCGUAUGAUUUUUUCCCCUGUAUAUUCUUUGUAUACAUGUAUAAUUGGAAGAUUUUUAUUCAAUGUAUAGGUUUUGUGUAGUUUUUAUUUUUUAAUUUUCCAAAGUUUGUAAGAAGGGCUUAAUAAAAGCAGUUUUUUAUAGUAGAAUUUUAUAAGGAAAAAAAAUGUUUGAAUCCAAUUUGUAGAGAAAUAUUCGUCAAAGCUUAAAAUGACAAAAGAAAAAGGUGUUUAAAGUUUGCAUUAUACAUUUACAGAGCUUUUAAGAAAUCUUUGCAAGGCUAUUUUUUAUCUACCGAUAUGUUAUUAUCAUUUGUAUAAAUAUUCACUUUUUUAUUUAUUCCAAAAUAGUUAUAUUUCAAAGAAUUAAAUAUUUCAAAGAAUUAAAUAUUUGAGAGAGACAUUUCCUAAACACCUCCCGUGUGUUUCUGUUGUGGUUGUUUUGAAGUUUGUUUUUUUGUCAACCUUACCAGAAAAACACCAGUAAAAAUGUCAGAAACAGUAAUCUUGAAAAAGGAGCAACUGAAAUUCUUCUCUCAAAUAUCGAAAUUCAGUUGUUUUGUAAAUAUAGACACAAUAAUCACUUGAUAUUAACUGAGGCUAUAUUGACCUAUGACCCCCACAUACCUCUUAUGCUAUUUUUAGAUUAAUUUGACAGUUUUACAGUGUAAUAGACACCGUUACUAUUUUUAGUAUUCCUAUUUUAUUUACUUGUAAGUUGCUUGUUUUUUUUUCUUUUUUCUUUAUUAUUUAUUCUUACUGUAAUUUUUUGCAUUAUUAAGUUUGAAUAAUGAUAAAAAAAAGUUGUAAAAGCUGUGUACAAAUAUUUUAAUGAUUCUAGUUCCUUUUUUUCCCCACAUUUGCAAGUGUUUAUUAUAACAUUUGUGUGCUUUGAAAAACAUAAAUUUGUUUCUUUCCAAAAUUGUGGUUUUCGGAAGAGAAAUAAAUGCUUAACUCCCUUUUAAUGGAAAGUGGAUGGAAAUUUGUUAAUUAUUCACUUUUCACUGUGUUUUUGAGAGAUAGGUAUUUGAAACAUUAUGCUUUUUUGUUGAACAAAAUAAAAAAAUUAGUGUUUUCAAAAA